GGCCACGUGGGCCGUCCUUCUGAACCUAAUCUGAGCUCAGCACCAGUGAAAGUGCUGCUCACACUCAGGGCUGAGUACAUUCCCUGAAAUGUGAGCAUUCUGGAGGCUUUCUGUGAGGAGGAAACAGCAGCACAUAAAGAGCGAGAGAGAGGAAAGAGCAGGAGACGGAUUACAGCAGCAGCUCUGAAUGGAGUGAUGCUCAGGAGAUUAUUCGAGACAGCAGCUAAAAAAAGCCUGAACUGAGAGAGAGAGCCUGUUCAGGAGCUCUGUGUAAAUACGCCGGCUCUGCUCAGGGCUGCCUGCACAAUGACUGCGCUGUACACAACUUUCCUCCUCUUCUCAGUCAGUUUGGCCUCGCUGGUGCCCCAGAGGUCGGUGCGGAGUAAGAGGGGGCUGCUGGAGUUAGCCGGGGUCAUCAAAUGCAGCACAGGGAGGUCAGCCUUGGCCUAUAUGAUGUACGGAUGCUACUGUGGGCUUGGAGGACAAGGCUGGCCCAGAGACCGGGCAGACUGGUGCUGCCAUAAGCAUGACUGCUGCUACGGAGAUGCAGAGUUUGAAGGUUGCCAAACUAAAACCGCCAAGUAUCAGUGGACCUGUGAGAACAAGGAGGCCGACUGUGAUUCCCUGGAAGAUAAAUGUGAAAAAAUCCUCUGCCGGUGUGACAGAGAAGCAGCCAAGUGCCUGAGAAAAGCCCCGUUUAACCGGCAGUACGCCCUGUGGCCUGACUUCAUGUGCGGAUGUGAUCAUCCCACCUGCAAUAUAUACUGACUCCUGUGUGUUUACUUACUUUUAUUAGACAACUUCAGUAAUUGUGCUGUUUUUAAAUGCAUGUUUUUUAAUUAUGGUUUUACAUGAAUUUCUAUCAUAAAAUUUGCUAAAAUUGUUGAAAUUUUAUAGACAACUCUAUAAAAUUUAUAGACAACAAGUUUUUAAUGAAAUUGAUUUUUUUACAUAAAUUAAGAAAUUUGUAAAAACAUAAUAAAAAAAAUACGACAGUAACAUAAA